AUGAGCAGCAAGACUUUAGUGAAAUCCUUGGAGUAUGCCUAUAUCAUCAUCGAAAAUGUCGCGAGAAAGAACACAGCUGACACUGUCCUGUCAGCCUUGCGUCGAAUUGGCUAUGAAUGCGUCGCCGUAUUCACGAACAGCGCCAGCUUUGGGGAUCGAGGAUCCUUUGAUCCAAUGUCAUGGUCGAGCGGCCUGGCGGCCAUGCGUGCAAGGUUGGAGCAUCACCGUGGAUCAACAGACCUUCCGUUGAUUUGGGACUUGACUCACAACAUUACCUUCCAGCAGUGGAAGGAACACGCUUAUGAAGACACUCUACCCUGCCUUCUCCGGAACCAUCGUUACUGGCAUGUCGGUCGAAGAAGACACUUGGUUCCUGGUUAA